CUCAACAAUGGCGGCCACUUAUUUCCUUCUCUUCCUCUCAUUUCUCUCUCUCGCCGCCCCCCGAUCUAUCUCCGCCGCCUCCCCGUACCUCUCCCCCGCUACCUUCUUCAAGAAUUACGAAAGGAUGCUAUCAACUUUCAAGAUUUUCACUUACGCCCCGCAAAAACCCUUCAAUUACACCGCCACGCCCUCCUCCUCCUUCCACGCCGCCCUCCUUCACAGCCCGUUUCUGACGGCAGACGCCGAUGAAGCUCACCUUUUCUUCAUUCCCUUUCCCCCCGACAUCUCCACGCGCUCUCUGGCGCGUCUGGUUCGCGAGCUCCGGUGGAAUUUCCCGUUCUGGAACCGGACCCUCGGAGCGGACCAUUUCUUCGUCCACCCCUCCGGAAUCGACUUCUCCGCCGACCGGAACAUUCUCGAGCUGAAGAAGAACUCCGUGCAGAUCUCAAUUUUCCCGACCGUCUCCGGGCGCUUCAUCCCGCACAAGGACGUCACCUUCCUCCCGCACGCGCCUCCGUCGCUCCCUCACGCGCCGCGGAACGGAACGGCGGAGUUCCUCGGAUACCUGAAGUGGGACGGGAAGACGGAGAAGGAGCUGGUCGAGGAUUUGAAAUCGGACGGCGAGUUCGUGAUCGAAUCUCAGCCGUCGGAUCAUCUCGGCAGGGUUAAGAGCAGCAAGUUCUGCGUCUUCCUUUACAACGGCGGCGUUUCGUGGCUGCCGGAGGCGAUGGCGCACGGCUGCGUGCCGGCGGUGAUCGUGGACCGUCCGAUUCAGGACCUGCCGCUGAUGGACGUCCUGAGAUGGGGGGAGAUGACGGUGCUGGUGGGACCCACCGCCGGGGCGAGCGGGUUGAAGAGACUGCUACGUGGCGUGACGGAGGAGGAUUACGGGAGAAUGAGGAGAUCGUGUGUUUCGGCGGCCCACCAUUUGCGGUGGAACGCGGAAGCUCAGCCGUACGAUGCUUUCCACGUGUUGAUUUAUCAGCUGUGGCUGAGACGACACACGGUUCGGUACGCGAGAAGAGAACCGCCCAAUUUGGAGUCUUGAAAACCGGUUAAUUAUGUUGAUCAAUUCUUAAAUAUAAAAUAUAAAUUAGGGAUUUAAUCAUGUGUACCUGAUAAUCCUGUAAACGCAAUUAGGGAUGAUGCCAUGAUUCUCACGUAGAUUGAGUUCCCGUUUAGGGUGUAUCGUUAUGAUGGCUAAGGUGAGGAUGAGACUCACGAGAAUAGAGAGGCAGAGAGGAGGCGUAAGAUUGGUGUGUCGAUCUCUGCCUAAUACCUCUAUUUAUAUACACCCAAGGGGAAACCCUAAUUAUGUCAUAAGGGUAAUUACGUUCAUCGAAUAAUUACCAAAUAAACACGUAGGUUAUUU